CCAGCCCAUGCAAGGGUGUAUUUGAGGAAGAUGGAAAGGAGCUGGAAUUUUGGCACAGAACAAGAAUCCUACUGAGCUACUCAGCUUGCUGCUUCUAACCACUUUCUGGUACCGAUCUGGGAUCAUUUGUCCAAAAACCACAACUGUGAGAAGAGCCAUGGAUGCCUACAUGUCCACUUUGGGUUUAUUUAUAGCAACAUUAGUAUGUCUAUUAGAACUCUGUUGUGCACAACGUCAGGCAGGGACACCACAAAUCCAGUUACGGUUGGCUGGGUCAUCCAGAGUGCCGAAUGAAGGUCGCCUGGAGGUUUUCUACAAUGGCAUUUGGGGAACAGUGUGUGAUGAUGACUUCAGUAUAGAGGUGGCACAUGUUGUCUGUAAGCAGCUCGGUUUUGAGAUGGCAAUGAAUUGGGCUCACAGUGCCAAGUACGGGCAAGGUGAAGGCACCAUCUGGCUAGAUAAUGUUCGCUGCUCAGGUACAGAGACUUCAAUAACUGAAUGUGAAUCCAAUGGAUGGGGCAUCAGUGACUGCAGGCACACGGAGGAUGUUGGCGUACUUUGUUCUACAAGUCGGAUACGUGGAUCAGAGCAGGCACAAGCAAUCGCUGUGCAGUACACGAAGAAGAUUGAGGAAGUGCGAAUAAAACCCAUUUUAGCCCGUGCCAAAGCAAGUGUCCCGGUCACAGAAGGUAUAGUUGAAGUCAAACAUAAAGGGAGAUGGAGACAAGUGUGUGACCAUGGAUGGACUGCCCAUAACAACCGAGUCAUAUGUGGCAUGCUGGGAUUUCCUGGAGAGAUAAAACCCAAUGAACAGUUUUACAGGAAACUUUGGAAUCUGAAGCUGAAAGUUCCCAAAUCAAGGUUAAAAACACUAAGCAAAAGGAAAAUGUUCUGGAUCCACAAAGUCAGUUGCACAGGAAAUGAGCCUCACCUAUCCCACUGCAAAGUACAAGUCUCCCCCCCAAAUCUGAAACCCGCUUGCAAGAAUGGAAUGCACGCCAUAGUAAAGUGUGUUGCGCCACCUUCUGUAAGCAAUGGGCAUGGAAAUAACUACCAGAAAGCAUUCAGAACAAUGGAACCUUUGGUAAGACUAAGGUCAGGGCCCCAUCCCGGAGAAGGUAGGGUAGAAGUGCUAAAGAAUGGAAAAUGGGGGACAGUUUGCGAUGACAAGUGGAACCUUAUUUCCGCCAGCGUUGUAUGCCGUGAGCUGGGCUAUGGAUCUGCUAAAGAAGCCAUUACCGGAGGCCAGUUGGGACAAGGUCUUGGCCCUAUACACAUGAAUGAAGUUCUGUGCACAGGGCAAGAAAAGUCUAUUACUGAAUGCAAGUUCAAAGAGGCACGCCUGGCAGGCUGUCAGCACGAGGAGGAUGCAGCUGUGAGGUGUAACAUGCCUGAUAUGGGCUAUAGCAAGCAGGUGCGCCUGAGUGGUGGGAGGUCAAAUGAAGAGGGCUUAGUGGAGGUACUAAUGGAUGUUAAAGGUGUUAAAAAGUGGGGAACCAUAUGUGGAGAACAGUGGGGUAUGAACGAAGCCAUUGUGGCGUGCAGACAACUGGGACUGGGAUUUGCCAGCCACGCUCUACAGGAGACAUGGUAUUGGCGGGGGACACCAGGGGCUGGAGAGGUGGUAAUGAGCGGUGUGCGCUGCUCUGGGACAGAGAUGUCAGUUCAACAGUGUCGGCAUCACAGUGUAGUUCACUGCCCAAGAGGAGGAGGGCGCUAUUCUGCUGGUGUCACCUGUACAGAGCAUGCACCAGAUCUUAUAUUAAAUGCUCAACUGGUUCAAGAAUCCGCUUAUCUUGAAGACCGACCGCUUAGUAUGCUUGAGUGCGCUCAUGAAGAGGAAUGCCUUUCAAGCUCGGCCGAUGAUAUGGCUUGGCCUUAUGGGCACCGUAGAUUACUUCGCUUCACCUCUCAAAUCCACAACAAUGGGAGGGCGGACUUCACCCCCAGGAAUGGGCGUCACACCUGGGUCUGGCAUGAGUGUCACAGACAUUACCACAGUAUUGAAGUUUUCACCCACUAUGACCUGCUCACCAUGAAUGGAACUAAGGUUGCAGAAGGACACAAAGCAAGUUUUUGCCUGGAAGACUCAAACUGUGGCAAAGGAAUACAAAGGCGCUAUGAAUGUGCCAAUUUUGGAGAACAAGGAAUAACUGUGGGUUGCUGGGACUCAUAUCGACAUGACAUUGACUGCCAGUGGGUAGAUAUUACAGAUGUCCUUCCAGGGGACUAUAUAUUCCAGGUGAUCUUAAACCCAAAGUUUGAGGUGGCAGAGUCAGAUUUCAGGAACAAUGUGAUGAGAUGUCGAUGUAAGUACGAUGGCCAUCGGAUCUGGAUGCACAACUGUCACACAGGUGACGCAUUCAGUGCAGACCUAGAGGAAAGCUUUGAGCACCAGCUGAGACUCUCUAACAACCUUGUGUAGAGCUGGUUAUGAAGAAGAACAAUAUCAACCAACUGGCAAAUUCCUACAUAUUGCCUAAAGAAUUGCCAAAAGGGACUACCACAUUUUAGGUUUUCUUAUGAUAUCAAGAUGCCCUUUUUGGCACACAUUCUUGAAAGGAACUUGACCAAUCAUCACCCCAAUACAAUGAAUCAUAUUUGCUUUCAAUUUGCACAAUACCUUGAACUUAUCCGGACUAGAAUGAAAAUGAGAAUUUUUGUAGCAGUUUAAUCACUCCUGAGAAGACUUCAAGGACAGUCUUACCCAAGGAGGACAGACACCUGCUGAUAAGGGACACACUGAUGAAGAAUUUAUUUUUGUUUACUCCUAUUUAUUAUUAGGCCUAUAUAACUGCAUUGCAUAUAUUGAUUUCAAAAGGGGUUAAAGAGAGACCCACUUUACCCCAGAACCGAAUAGGUUGUGACUUUUAAUGCUGUUACAAUUGUCCGUAUGCCUCAGCGGUGGAAAGAAAAAAUGUAGAACACUUUAUUUGUUGUAUAAAAUGUGCAUCAUAUUGUAUUACAUAUAAGUCUUCAACCUGUGGCAUUCCAUGACAGGGCAGUAAAAGAGAAAUAUGCAAUGUUUGAUCAUGCCCAAAUGGUCCCUGACAUGAGAAUAUGCACAGUCCACAGAAAUCCAGCCCAAAGCUGCCAGUUGGAUCUCUCCAGCUCUCUAAUGUUUACACCCAUCUCAGAUGUUUCUUGUGAAAUAACUGGCUGUCCUUUUGCCAUGUCUGACCUCAUGAGUAGGGCUGCCACCAAAAAUAACGGGACACUACACUAUUUCCCUGAGUGGCUCAGUUUAUUAUCUUAAUGACAGCUGAGGUCCCCUGAGGAAGGUGCAUUUUCCAAAGUGGAAAAGCAUGUUAUUUUAAAAAAUGGUGUAUAAAUAGGCCAUGAUCCGAUCCAGUCAUGCCUACAUCUUCCCCAAACACAAACUACUAACCAUCAAGCUCUGCCCCUUUCAAGACCCACAACAAUACACCACUCCCCACUCAGGAUCCUGACAGGACCCCUGCCUGUCCCCCUUACUCAUGAGUGACAUUACUGAAACUGAACUUCAGUGGGACAUGACAGAACCCACAUGGUGAAACUAUAGCAUGUUUUUGCUCAAUUAGGACCAACUGUAUUUGUAAUUAAAAUGAUGUGACAUUU